AGUUGUGGCGAAGAACAGUUCGGGAGUGUCUGUAAUAUUCUCUGCUGAAGAAGUUUAUUAAUACAUACAAUUAAACAACAAUGUCUACCUACUUCCAAUACCCAACUCCCGAGAUCCAGGAGGAGCUGAAAAAGAUCGCUCAGGCAAUCGUCGCUCCUGGCAAGGGUAUCCUCGCCGCCGAUGAGUCCACGGGAACCAUGGGCAAGCGACUCCAGGACAUCGGAGUUGAAAACACCGAAGAGAACCGUCGCAAAUACCGACAGAUGCUUUUCAGCACUGACCCUGCUAUCUCAGAAAACAUCUCUGGUGUGAUCUUGUUCCACGAGACUUUGUACCAGAAGGCCGACGACGGUACACCCUUGGUGUCACUACUUGAGAAACGUGGUAUCAUUCCCGGUAUCAAAGUCGACAAGGGUGUUGUACCACUCUUCGGCUCCGAGGACGAAUGCACCACUCAGGGUAAAUCAUUUACUAUUAACACAAAUUGUACCAAUGCUUUCUUUUUUAUACUUUUACUUUAACCGAUUAUUCGUUAUCGUAAUCAAUGUAUAUUAAUGUAUUUUUUUUUAAUACUAAACAAAUUAAAUGUCCACCGAACGGUAAUUUGCUACUGCAGCCCCCAGACUUUCGCACAGAGUUACCAACUUGAAAGAUGAUGCGUAAUCCACCCAUGAGGAAGAUAAAUUAUUAGAAAAAACUUGAUAUAAAACUGUUAACGAUGUGAUAGGAAUUCCCUUUCUGCCCUCUUAUGUGUUUCUCGCCGUGUAAAGGAGACGAUUUUGAAUACACUACGAGGGGCACACUGAAAUGAUCGGGAAUAGAAUAUUUCGCAUUGAGCUACAAUAAUACCUUUUUUAGAAUUUGAAUACUGGCCUCUUAGAAUCUUAAUGACAUUCGAACAAUUAAAAAAAAAUGUUUAAAAACAAAAACUAUGUUGGUUUAAAGAUGGAGCUCACGCGUGAAUAUUUCCGUGCCAUAAUUCGUCGCGGCUUAUCUCAAGAUAAAUGUCGCAGCGAACUUGUUUCGAUUUAUGAUGUUGAAGCAAUGAGUCAAACGACAAUAUACCGCUGGUAUGCCGAGUUCCGACGCGGUCGUGUGUCGCUCAGCACUGUUUCUUCUGCAGGUCGACCAAGAACAGCGGUCACGCCUGAAAACAUCGCAGCUGUGCGAACUAUUAUAUUAGAUGACCGUCAUGUGACAUACGAGCAGAUUCGGGCUGUUGUCAGUAUCGGAAUGACUGCAAUUCAGUCGAUAUUACAUAAUGAGCUGUGUGUAAGAAAGCUAGUUUCCCGUUGGGUUCCCCACAAUUUGUCCGAAGAGCAAAAGGCGGCUCGUGUAGAUUGGUGCCGGAAUACUCUCAACGCUUCAACGGAGGGAAGUCAAAUGCCAUUUAUAAUAUCGUCUCAGGUGACGAAUCAUGGAUUUAUUCAUACGAACCUGAAAGAAAGCAUCAGUCAGCAGUUUGGGUGGUAUAUCACGGUUUGUUCGCCAGAAAUGAUAGCCGAACUCCGAAAAAAGAACCCGAAACGUCGCAUCGUCUUACAUCACGAUAAUGCGAGCUCCCAUACGGCUCGGAAGACAAAUCAUUUUUUGAAGCAGGAAAGCGUUGAGCUGAUGAGCCAUCCUCCGUACAGUCCUGACCCGAGCCCAAACGAUUUCUUUACAUUCCCUAGAAUGAAAGAUUUAUUACGCGAUCAACGGUUUGAAGACCCCGAAGCAGCUGUGGAAGCGUACAAAUCAGCCAUUUUGUCAACAUCAACUUCAGACUGGAAUUACUGUUUUAAUGAUUGGUUUGCACGAAUAGAAAAGUGCAUUAAGUUGAACGGAGAAUACUUCGAAAAACAAUAAAAUACAAUUUAGCUAUUCCGUGCAUGGGGUUUUUCUUAUUCCCGCUCAUUUCAGUGCCCCUCGUACUUACCCCCAUAUCAUCCCGUGGGUAUCAAAAAGGCGACUUCCUGACGACAAAUUCUAAACAUGAAAAAUUGAAAAUCGAUAGCCGAUCCAUCUUGCCAAGCAUGGUAACUAUGUCAAAUUAUUCGCCUAUGAGGCAAAGAUGUCUUUGUUGAGCAGUGGGCCUUGUUAAGGUUAACAUGAACCGGUUACACCGCAAACCAAUAACCUACAUUAUUAUAGGUAUUGUAAUGCGGGUAUUCUUUGAACGUGGUCAAAGUCAAACUAACUCAUUAGGAGCCGUCCAUUAAUCACGUGAGGUGUUUAAGGGGGGAAAGGGUAGAAAGAGGAUAGGGUUGAAUCUCACAGAAUCUCAGUGUAAAAUCUUGAGAAAAUUGGAUUAAAUUAAAUAUGGCUAAAUCCUACAUAGUAAUAUUUAUCGCGGUAAUGCGAUCCCCACAAAUUAUAUAAAAAUAAUUUCUUAACUUGAUAUUGGGGGGGGGGGGGAUGAGGGGGUCGAAACAUAUCCCACGAUAUGUUUCGACCCCAUUGGGAGGGGGAAUGUAGAAAAAUCGCCAAAAUCGCCUCACGUAGUUAACGGACGUCCCCUUAUAAAAGCUUACUUACAUUUAUCUUUGAAAAGAAAUGGUAAAAAGUGUACAAAAAUAAAAUGCAUCAAAAUUAAAAUGUAACGAAUGUUCCGUUAUUGACUAUUUUAUUUAUUUUAUAUAUCGGAACAUUUGGUUAGACUUUACUAACCAUAAUAGGUACCUUCGUAUUGGCGGGUUUAUCAUUACUUACUGAAAGGUGUAAAGGUGUACGUUAUAACGUGCAAAUGAUGCCUAAACCUGAAAUCGGAAUAUCUUUUUUUCGAAUGAGAUAUAAUAAUAGAUAAAAAAUUCUUUUUCAUACAGAGUUCGUCUUAAUAAUUACGAAUCUAUACAAAUAAAUAAAACUGAAGUGUCUGUUUGUAAUUUUAAAAUAACUGCAUCUUACUAAAUGCAUAUGAAAGUAUAUACGAUACC